AGAGAGAGAGACACACACACGCACCACGAAACCUCCAACUUGCCGACGCCGACAUCGAGCCACUGGAAAUUGAGAAGGCGAAACGAACGAGACACAAAAGAGACAGCAUAGAAAGGAGAAACACCUCCACCUGCCCGCUCGCUCGAUGCUAGCAUCGUCCCUCGACCUUUCGACUCUUCGUCUCUUAUCCGCCAUCGCCUGGAUCAACUUCGCAUUCCAACCCGUCGCCCCCAAACAAUUCGACCCGUCUCUCUCGUUUGCCCGACGGCAUCACACCCACCUGCGACGUGGUUGGCUAACAAGCUUUACUUCUUUCAGGUCUCAUCCAACGCGCAACGCCCGAUUCUUUACUGAAUCCCCAAUUCCCAUUAAUCCCAUCAAUUUUAUUCUAUCAGUCGUCGUUUCCAACGACACCUAGCCGCCAAAAUGGGUUGCGGAAUGAGCACGGAGGACAAAGAGGGCAAGGCCCGCAAUGAGGAGAUCGAGAACCAGCUGAAGAGGGA